UGUUGUUGGCCGUAAUUGGUUAUAUCCUGGUGCUUCACUGUCCACUCAACUGCCAAGUUUUCUCAAAGUGGCUCUCCCCGAGCUGUCAUCGCCCCUUUUCCAAAUGUUUCCGGUAGAUGCGUUGCCGGCAGCCGGCAAAGGCCGGUCGCCGCCGGCAGUCUCUCUUCCUUUUCCCGGAUCCUCUUCCUUCUCCAUCGGGAGAUGCGGGAGCAGCGGAUCGAUUCUCCGACGUCGGCGUGGAAGGAGACGUGGAGAGGAGGAGGGCGGCGGCGAUGGCGUCGCGGUCGUUCCCCGGCCGACGGCGCGGCGGCGGCGCACGACGUGGUUCUCCAUCCAUGGCGGGGCCGGCGGAGCUGCUCGUCGCGGCUCUGCUAGCGCUCUGCGCGCCCCGCUGCCUGGGGAACCCGGACGCCAAGCGGCUUUACGAUGACCUCAUGAGCAGCUACAACCGGCUCAUCCGACCCGUGAGCAACAACUCGGACCGCCUCACCGUGCGCAUGGGCCUCAAGCUCUCCCAGCUCAUAGAUGUGAACCUAAAGAACCAGAUAAUGACAACCAACGUUUGGGUCAACCAGGAAUGGUCGGACCACAAGCUCAAGUGGGACCCACAGGAGUACGGCGGGGUCACUGAGCUCUACGUACCUGCGGAACAAAUCUGGCUCCCUGACAUUGUCCUCUACAACAAUGCUGACGGCAACUACGAGGUGACCAUCAUGACGAAAGCCAUAAUUCACGAGGAUGGUCGGGUGGUGUGGAAUCCACCGGCCAUAUACAAGAGCUUCUGCCAGAUCGACGUGCAGUACUUCCCGUUCGACAAGCAAGACUGCUUCAUGAAGUUCGGAUCCUGGACCUAUGACGGAUUCCAGGUGGACCUGAAGCACGUGAGCGAGAUUCCGGACACGAACAUCGUGCCGGUGGGCAUCGACCUGACUGAGUUUUACCUGAGCGUCGAGUGGGACAUCAUGGCCGUGCCGGCCAUGCGGCGCGAGAAGUUCUAUUCGUGCUGCGAGCAGCCGUACCCGGACAUCACUUUCAACAUUACGCUGCGGCGAAAGACGCUCUUCUACACUGUCAACCUCAUCAUUCCCUGCGUCGGCAUUUCCUGCCUAUCCGUCCUCGUCUUCUACCUGCCUUCAGACUCCGGCGAAAAGGUGUCGCUUUCGAUAUCGAUCAUGCUGUCGCUGACAUUCUUCUUCCUGGUGCUGGCCGAGAUCAUCCCACCCACGUCGCUGGCCAUGCCGCUACUGGGCAAGUACCUGGUGUUCACCAUGAUUUUGGUCACAGUCUCGGUGCUGGUGACCAUUGCCGUGCUCAACGUGCACUUUCGAUCGCCGUCGACGCACCGCAUGGCGCCCUGGGUGCGCCGCCUCUUCGUGCACCUCAUGCCGCGUCUGCUGCUCAUGCGGCCGCCGCAGUACCGCAUAGAGGUGGACGAAGGUUCCUCGUCGUCGGCCAAAUCAGCACACCAAGGCAACGCGCACGUGGAUGAUUCUAUGAUCCUACCCGAGCCAUUGCUGCUGGCGCGGCCGCAAGGGCUGCGCCAAGCAGACCCCGUGGUUGGAGACCAGCCGCCUGGGGACAUCGAGCGAGCUAUCCACAACGCCAUGUUCAUCGCGCAGCACAUUGACAACAACGACGACUUCGAGAGCAUCCGCGAGGACUGGAAGUACGUCGCCAUGGUCCUCGAUCGGCUCUUUCUUUGGCUCUUCACCAUCGCCUGCGUCGUCGGCACAGCGGGAAUUUUCCUCCAGGCUCCGUCGCUCUACGACCAGACCGACCCCAUCGACGUCAAGUUCUCCCAAGUGGCUCGCCGGAUGAAAAAGGACUAUCCCUGGACAGACGUCUGAAGACAGCACGCAUUGGGACGACUGGUUAGAGGAGCUCACAGUGGGACAGCACGGUGCACUGUAGAAGAACACGCGUGUCGCUUGGCAGCCCAUAGAUAAUAGCACCACAGUGCGAGUUUCAAGGGUGGCGAGACUGACGAUUUAGUUCCUACGCUCGCCAACUUGACAUGAUCGUCCACAAGGGAAGAAGACUGUGACGACGCCUGACUGUACCUGCUCAAAUGUAGUUCUACAUAAGAAUCAAAAUUUGCGCAUUUGCCAAAAAAUAAGAGCAGUGUACUAUACAUAAAUAUGGUUGCCGGAUUCGCAGCAUUCAUAUCAAACAUUGUUCGUGAAGGAGCUAGUGAUACGAUGACUUAGAAUUGAGACCAGUGCCCAAUGUCGGGUUAAGAAAAUAUAGCAUUGCAUUGUAAAAGAAUUGCAGUAACAUCCCGCAUAAUAUCGAGUAUAAGAAAAAGAGAACAGCAAGGCAGCGUUGCCAGAAACCAGAUCGCAAAAGAAUGAGUUGCUGGUUAUGUGCGUAGCGUCAGCGAUUGUUGAAAGACAACUGCGAAUUUUCCAGACUUGUACAUUCCGAUCUCUUGACCUGUGCAUCUGUAGGUCUCCUACAUAUGGACAGCUAUGCUCUACCACUUUUAGUGCUCACAUUUGUGUAAAACAACACCAGCGAGAAAAUGAACCGUGUUCCUACUGUUUC